UAUUAUGGAAUGGAAGAUGAAGAAAUAUUAAUCAGUUUUCCAUGUCUCAAGUUAAAAAUUGGUUUGAUCAUAGGUAAUCCACCUAAAAAUGUUCAAAUUUACGCCGGAAAUGAUAAUCUGGUCAUCGAAGGGAAUACUAAAGUACUUAUGUGCGACUCAGAAUUCUCGGAUACUAACAUGAAUGUGCAAUGGAUCAAAAAUGGUAAUUAUUUUAACGAAUCAGUCCUAUCGAACAAUCAAAUAGAGGAAAAGUUUUUCAGGAUAAAUAGCGCGCACGUUUCUGACGGGGGUGUAUACCAAUGCUUGAUGAGGAACGAUUAUGGCGCGGCAUUAAGUUUACCCCUAGAAUUAAAAAUAGGUUAUUUAGGAAAUUUUAGCCACACUGGAUUAUUGCGAUCACGCGUCCUACCUAAAUCCGUUAAACCCGAUGCCUUUACAUCGACGUAUGAAUAUAUUGAAAAAAUAAACGGUAAAAAUAUACUGGAUAUGGGGUUCGAUUAUCAAGACGACCUGAGCUCGAAACACGAAUUUUCAGAGGAUUCAUAUGUUAUAAUAAGGUCACCUUUGAUAGAGAGCGUUCCAGAAAUAGAAUACAUUUGGUACAAAGAUGACAAAGCAAUAACACCCUUAAGCAAUCUUGACCCAAUAGCGACAAACAAUUACAUUCAGCUGGAAUACGAAAAUAGUCCCUUAUCUUAUUCGUUACUAAUAAUUAAUCCCUUAUCGAAAAUGAGUCAAGGCAAUUACUUUUGUAAAGCCACAAAUCCAAUUAUAGGCAUAUCUCGGAAAAGCCGCCUUUUCUCGAUAUACGUUAAAGACAGCGAAUAUUCAGAUAAUACGAUUCCACAGGUUAUAAUCCCGCCUAAUAAUCAAAUGCUUCGAAUGGGAGAGCCCAAAUCCAAUUUUCAAUGUGUACCAUAUAUCAAAUCUACCGCAGAUGAUAUAAAAAUUCGCUGGUAUCACAAUGGGUAUCCCAUUUUAUCCAAUUCCCAUUAUAUCGUCUCCACGAGUGGCAUAUUUAUGACAAUCCUAAACGCCGUAAUUUCUGACUCCGGAAAUAUAUCUUGUCAAAUAACAUUUGGAGAUGGUCGCCGCGAAAUUUCGCAAUCAAGUCAACUAAAAAUAAUUGAGAAGCCCAUUGUCUUAGGUAAAACUUUUCGCCAAAUCGAUAUUAACUACGACGCUAAUUUUAGUCUUUCAUGUGAGGUUGAUCUUAGAAGGUCUUCACCUGUAAUUUCAUGGUUUCAUAACGGUAAACCACUCAAGUCGUCAAAAUAUAUACAUAUCCUGGAUAAAGAUCUAGUCAUAAAAAAUUUCCAAUUUAUUAAUGAUGGUUUGUAUCAAUGCUUCGCCGAAAAUUACGCCGACGCAACGUCGCAAAACUUUUGGGCCCGAGUUAGCGAUUAUCCACCUAUACUUUUAAGUAGACUUCAGAAUUCAAGCUCUGUUCUGUCCACAAAUAUAUCGCUUAAUUGUUCCUUCAUUAGCAGGCCGAGGGCUAAAAUAAUUUGGAUUGAAAAUGGUAAAAUUAUUUUAGAAGAAAAAUCUGUCAUUGUUUAUACGAUACCUAAUGGUGGACUCCCAUAUACAAAUGUAUCUUGCUUGAUUGCGAAUUAUUUAGGAUCAGUCAAAUCCACAGCCAUAAUUAAAUUAAUAGCAAAAACCAAAAUCAUCCGUUCAGAUAGAAAAAUACUCAAAGUGAUCAUAGGCGAAGGUGUUUCUAUACCAUGUCUAAUCCAACACGACUCAUCUAUUCCCAUCUAUAUCGAAUGGUUCAAAUCGAAUACCCGAUUAGUAAAAGCUAAUAUUUUCCAAAAUAAUUUAUCGAACAUGCAAAAAUUUGACACCACAUCUACGCGUUACAAUUUGAGAUACGGAGAGAAUGAUUAUUCACUUAAUUUUAUUAACUCGCGUAAUACGGAUAAAGGGGUAUAUUCUUGCAAGGUCUCUUCGUCGGCCGGGGAUGACGAGCGGAACAUCUCGUUAGAAAUCAUGGAGUUGCCCUUUCCCCCGCUUGAUGUAAGGGCAACCCUGGUCAAACCAAUUAAGGAUGGUAAAAUUAAAAUAAAUUGGAUAUCCAACUUUGACGGUAACAGUCCAAUAUCGCAUUAUAUAAUUCAAUACAAAAGACCUCGCCUUAAAGAAUGUUGCUGGUUGUACCAUUCUAAAUUUUUGAGCAACUCUUCAGAAUUAACGAUACAAGAUCUGCCAUCUGAUUCUGCAUAUAUUUUUAGAUUAAAAGCUUUAAACGAAAUUGGCGAAGGGGCUUGGAGUUCACCCAGUAACAAUAUUACGGUUCCAAUCGCAGAACCCGAUAUAAUACCAAAAAAUAUACACGGCGCGUCAUCCGGGUCUAAUUGGAUUUACAUAUCAUGGCAGAUUUCUACAGAAGAACUACUAAAGGAUCGGAUUUUAGGUUAUAUCAUAAACUACAAACUCGCUGGAUUUAAAAAUGACCACUCCUGGUUGCAAGAAAAUUUAGCUAGAAGCUCUGUAACUAGCUUUAACCUAACAAAUUUAAUUCCCUGGAAAGAGUAUGAGAUAAAAUUAGCUGUGUAUAACAAGGCGGGAACCGGUAUUCCAGCGGAACCAAUUAAAGUUUGGACCAAUCAAGGAGUGCCCGAAAUCGCCCCAGUUAUAGAAAAAGUCGUCGUGUUAAAUUCUACUGCUUGCAGUGUAUCCUGGAUCUCUCCAGAUCCACAAUUAAUUAACGGGAUUAUCGUGGGCUAUAAAUUUCGUUUUUAUGAAGGCGUGAAUUUGGGGACAGCAUUUAGGACAGUGACACACGUGAUUACAAAUGUGAAAGACAGUCGAUCCGCUUAUUUUUCUAGCCUUCAAACAUUGGCCAUUGGCGGACUUCAAAAAUAUUCCUUUUAUCAUAUCGAUAUGAAUUGUUUUACCGAGACUGGUGACGGGCCUUAUUCACCGCUCCCAAUAAAAUUUCGCACAUUUCAAGACGUGCCAUCAAAAGUUCGCAAAAUAUCUAUCACAAAUAUAAUGACGUCAUCUGCCACCUUAAGCUGGUUAAAUCCCAUGCGCAUUAAUGGGAUAUUAAAAGGUUAUAAUAUCCAAUAUUAUCCGAGAAAUCACAAUAAUUCCUCACAACAUGAAAUAAAGGAAAUAUUCGUCGACGCUGAAACGGAAACCUUAAAAUUAUCGGAUUUAUUAUAUUCGAUCGAAUAUAUUGUAAACAUAUCGGCAUCCACCGAAGUAGGGAGGGGACCUGUUCAAUCUAUAAUUUUCGUUUCCGGAUUUAGACCCACCAUUCCCGGCCAACCAAAAAUAUUAAAUGUCCAGAAUAAUUCGACCAGGGCCAACAUAUCCUUGGAAUUCGGUUCUGACGGUAAUAGCAAAUUGUUAUCCCUCGUAAUAAUGGCCAAAUACAAAUACGAUGAUAGCUAUAUACAAAAUUUAAGUUGGUUCAAAAUAGAUGAGAUAUUCAUGGACAACAACAAAAUGACUAACGAGAAUAUUAAUAUAACCAUAUCUUUGAAUCCUAACACAUACUACCAGUUGGCCGUGAAAGUAAAAAAUAUGAUAGGCGAAAGUGAUAUUAGUCAACCUUCUAACAUGUUUAAGACCGGAUUAUACUAUCCGACCGUAUCUCCAAAAAUUAUAGGUAAUAGAUGUUAUCGUAAUCGAACGUGCAUCGUUGUGUGGAUUCCCUUAAAGUAUUCAGAAUGGAAUGGACCACCCUAUGCUUACGAUAUAAACAUUUAUAAUACCAUUGGAAAAGCCAACAACACGUAUUCUGUAGAAAAUUAUCUCGCGACAUACUAUAAAUUCACCGAUCUAAUGCCUUUCACAAAGUAUACUGUAAUCAUCGUGUCCCGUAAUACCCACUAUAAGCAUGAUAACGGCUCGCGAAUCAUUCUCAACACUUUUCCUCAUAAACCCUUAGCCAUACCUAAAAUAGUCUCAAUUAAUUCAACAACUACCACUGCAAUGAUAUACUUUGAAAAAAAUUGGGAGAAUUCUUAUGAUCUAAUUGAUUAUCUCUCGGUCAAAAUACUUCUGAAUUCAAAUAUUUACCUUGAAAAGAUAUACGCUAUUAAUACACUCAAUCAAUCUUAUAUCUUGAUUUUGGGACUCGAACCAUUAAACUCUUACUCUAAUAUCUUGACUUAUAGGAAUAUGAUGGGAUUAGGAAUACCGAGUGUUCCUUCUUAUUUUAAAAUGGACAAAUCAACUCCCUUGCUACCUCAAUACAUGCAGUUUAAAUUAAUUAACAAUCGAUUUUUAUUAAAUUGGGCGCCACCUUCGCACUCAGUACUCGACGAUUUAAUAUAUCAAAUAUCUUAUAAACUCAACACCAGCAAGCAUUGGACUAAUACCGUAUAUACGGAGAAGCCGAAUGUUACUCAAUUAAUGAUAUCGUCAAUAUCGCCGAAUCUAAUAUACGAUUUCAGAAUUCGGGCUCAGAAUGAAAAAGGAUGGGGUGAUUUUUUGACAACGCAAGCUUUUAUACCGAUUAAUAAUACUAAUAUGUUUGAACCAAUAGGAGAAGAAAAUUGUACGUUUAAAGUCAUUUCUUACAAAAGUGAUGCUAGGAUGGUUACGGUCACUUGGAAGGAUCCAUAUCAAAAUACUCCAUUUCCGACUAGAUAUUAUUUUUUAACUUAUCAGAAAAUGGGGAGAGAUUACGAAUUCAAUCGUCCAAAAAAUAUCGAGUGGAGCGACGCGAAUAAUCUUAUUAUAUCUGCCAAAGAAUUCUAUCAUUUAAUAAAAAAUUUGGAUCCUUCCAGUACCUACCUGUUUAAAAUGAAAGCCGCGAAUGAUAUAAAUGAAAUAUGGUUGAAAAAUGGCAAAAAUAAUGAUGAUUUCAUCUUAACUUACAGAUCGCCAGAUUUAGCUCCAUCUCGAUCUGCCACGAUAUUAGAUAUUAAGAUUAUAGAAAAACAAAACGUGAAAAUAAACUGGAAGCCUAUACCUGCCAGCACUUGGAACUCAAAAUUUAUUUAUUACUCUAUUCUUUUUGCCAAAAUAACCGACCACACAUAUUUGACCGAUGUUGAUUUAAUUACGAUGGAACACAAAUAUAAGGAGGGAUUGAAAGCGUUCAAAAAUAUUAACGUACAAGAGAAUCCUAAAAAUGAAUACGUAAUCCGUAACCUGAUUCAAGAGUAUGGUACUGGUGUUUACUCAUUUCACGCUGUGGCAUAUAAUAAUAUCGGUUACUCGAAUAUAUCCAACCCGAUUUUAAUGUUUUUAGGCGAAACACCAUCAUCCAUGCCUCCCGUUCCUAAAGUAAUCACAAAAAAUUCAACAUUAUUAGUACUUGAGCCAUAUUAUGACAAUUUGAAUGGAUCCUAUUGGCUUACAAUCUAUUCGUUAAAAUUAAGGUUCCGUGAAGCCGAAAAAGACGUAUAUCAGUAUUUAGACGUUUACUGUUCGACUUGUUUGGGUGUUGAACAAUUUCAUGAAACCAAAUCGAUAACGAUCACGAAUCUAAAACCAUUUACUACAUAUUUUAUUGAUAUCUCUUAUCAAAAUUUGAAUGGAGUUGGCGCUUAUUCAUAUCCCGGUAUUAGGAUCACUACUUCUGAAACUAAGUCUAGUCAGCCCUCAAAUAUCAGACUUAAAGAUAUUACCAUGAGUAGUGUUAGAUUAUUAUGGGAUCCUCCGAAGGCACCCAAUGGAAAAAUUCUGCGAUACAAAAUCGAAUAUAUAUCUAACAAUUUUAAAGUAGAAAAAAUUAUUGAUAUACAUAAGCCACGUUCUGUUGUUAUUAACGGAUUGAUACCGUAUGCCGAGUUCAAUUUUGGUAUAGCGGCUGAAAAUAGUGUAGGUUUAGGCAUAUUCGGUUACACCAAGAUUUAUAUUGGUCCACAGCAAAAUUCCCCACAAACUCCAUUGAAAGUCGACUUGUACCAUAAUUCAGGCGAAAAACAUUUAACUCUGACAUGGUCCUUAUCAAACUUGGAAUAUGACAUACCUAUAGAAGGAUAUUAUGUGGAAGCUUUUACACAAACGGAUGAUAAUAUAACUACAUGGCAAAAUAUGUUUACAAUUCACGAAAACGAUACUACCUAUUUUCAAAUACCUAUCCAGAGUUUAGCGAUUGGAAGAAAUUAUUCGUUCAGGAUGAUCAGUUUCAAUUCCCAUGGAGUCAGUAAUUAUUCCCGAUCGACUCAUUGGAUGAAUAUUACUCCACAAAUGAUAAGAGAAAUAAAGAAUAAAUCAAUUUUCUACAACAAGUCCUGGUUUUUGAUCAUCAUCGCUCUCUGUUCAUCCAUAGUCAUUGUGUUAUUAGUAUCCUAUUUGUGUUGUAAAAGCAAAGAUAUAGAAUUUCAAAAAAAAGUUGUUAACGACCAUAAUGGAUUGGGACUAGGAGUAAAUUCGAUCCUAAAUUUGACAUCGGACCAUAUUGACCCCCGACAUGGUCAAGAAUCAUAUCUAGGAAAGCCUGCCGAUAUAAAUGAUAAUAGUGACUAUCAGAUAAGGAGUCAAAUCAAUAGGAUUCAAGGCAACACAGUAUCGUCCAAUAGAUCGCGUCGAAAUAUCAAUGGCAGUAAACGAGGGAAAAAAUCUCUGAAUGAUAAAUCACAUAAUUAUUCAGAUUAUAAUGUAAACGAAUUGCACAACAUAGAAGGAGUAAUAUACCCGAUAGAAUAUGACAAUAGCGAUACUCAGAGAUCUACUCUGCAAAAACCAAUUUACAGUCAAAAUUUUGGUAAAAAGGUAUCUGAGAAUUCUAAAUUAGGAACUUUUUCAAGAAAUGAUAACCCUUCAAGGAAACAAGGUGUCGAUAAUUAUGGUUACGGAAUAGAUUACAAUACUUUGAGUUCCGCGAUGUCUAUUAAUGAAAAACCAUUGGACAUUCAAUCCUACACUCUACAGAAAAAUCAAUACGAGUUUCAACAGGAUCUCAAUAACGAUAGCGACAUACAAUCCUCAUUAGUUAGUCACUAUACAACGUCUCAUUACAACAGAGAAAAUAUGGUUUUAAACCGGGAUCAAACCACCCACUCUAAGAAGAGUAAACGUCAUCCUAAGCCAAUUCAAAAUACGCUUUCUAAAGAAUCUCGUAAUCCUUACGGUAGCGUAACGGAUUCCAUUUCCACAUUUGCGUCUCCUCAAAAAUUCAAAAAUGACAUUUCGAAUCAGGCGAGAUUUGGAAAAAAGAAUUCUAAUAAGUUCGAUUUAAUGGUUCCAGGUACCAGAGCUCCUCUUCCCCCCAUGAAUUCAUUUAUAUGACACUCCGAAAAUAUAUAUAAUUACAGGAUUUUUUUCCACUAGCAUGCGUUGUUUAACUAUUUAUAAAAAAAAUGCUCAAAUGAAUAAUACAAAUUUUACAAAAUCUUUAAAUAUAUUAUAAUACACUAUAAUAAUUCUGUAUCAUAUGUUUUAUUUGACACCUAAUUAUUUUGAUAUUUUUCAAAAGUAUUAAAACUAACUUUUUAUGUAUAAAUUAUUUAACUAGUAUCUAGUACGCCGCUCGACAUAACUAUUAUAAAUUUAUUAUUUAAUGCAAUAAGAGCGAAUAUUGAAUUUACCAAUAAUUAUAUAUAUAAUAACAUGUAUAUACAAGAACUAACACUAUAUUAAAUAUUAUAUAUAUAUAUGUAAAUAUAGCCAUGCAUAUUUAUAAAGAUUGGAAGUUAA